CAUCAAUUUCCAUCACUUCUCCACCGUUUGAUCACUACCCACUUCACAUCACACCCCAAAGAUUAAAAUCUUUAAAAAAAUAAUCAGAUUUUGGUUUAAAAAUGAGUUAAAAAGACUAGGUUUUGUGUUUCUUAAUGGUUCUUGAUUAUGGGGUCCUAUAAUAAUUGUUAGUGUAUUGAACAAAAAAAACCUGGGUUUAUUUUUUGUGGGUGGUGAAGAAAAAGAGAGGUUUAGAUUCUUAUUAAUAGUAUCCGAGACUCGGUUCACCUAAAAAUUUCUCGAGAAAAAUGGGGAGAGGUAGGGUUGAGCUGAAGAGAAUAGAGAACAAAAUUAACAGACAAGUAACGUUUGCGAAGAGAAGAAAUGGACUGUUGAAGAAAGCUUAUGAGCUUUCUGUUCUUUGUGAUGCUGAAGUUGCUCUCAUCAUCUUCUCUAAUAGAGGCAAAUUAUACGAGUUUUGCAGUAGUUCAAGCAGCAUGCUCAAAACACUUGAGAGGUACCAAAAAUGCAACUAUGGAGCACCAGAGACAAAUGUGUCUGCAAGGGAGGCUCUGCAGGAGCUAAGUAGUCAGCAAGAGUACCUGAAGCUUAAAGCUCGCUACGAAUCCCUGCAACGAUCUCAGCGGAAUCUUCUUGGAGAAGAUCUUGGCCCUUUAAGCAGCAAGGAGCUUGAGUCUCUUGAAAGGCAGCUUGAUAUGUCACUGAAGCAGAUCAGAUCAACCCGGACCCAAUAUAUGCUGGAUCAGCUCACUGACUUACAACGCAAGGAGCACAUGCUGAAUGAAGCAAAUAAGACUCUGAAGCAAAGGGUAGGUUACCCUACAAACUAUUUGGUGGAUGGAUACCAAGCAAUGCAGUUGAAUCACAGUGCACAAGAAGUGGAGUAUGGCCGCCAAGCAGCUCAAUCUCAGGGCGAUGGCUUCUUUCAUCCCUUGGAUUGUGAACCUACUUUGCAAAUUGGAUACCAUCCUGAUCAAAUAGCAGUAGUGACUGCUGGGCCAAGUGUGAAUAAUUACAUGCCAGGAUGGUUACCUUGAAUAGUCUCUCAGCCAUUUGGUAUGCAUUUCUUUCAUAAGAAUGAGCAAAUUUAUGUUUUGUAUUAUGGUAAUUUGAUGGAACAAUCAGUUGUAAUUUGGAUCUAUAUAAUGUUAUCCUGUACCUUAGUAACAGCAUAAGUAAUUAAUAUUGUGUGUAUGUGUUCAAGAACUCAUGUACUACUGCCUCUUUUAACAGGCUUUGGUUUGAAAAUAAUUGUCAUCAAUUUGAUUGCUUAA